CAGUGAAAACUGAGAUAGUGAGGAAAAAGCAACGGGAGGAAAGACCAUGGAGGGAGGAAGCUGGAUGUAUUAGCUAGUUUACUGCUUGAGGGAACUUUUUUUCCUUCUUUCGUUUUCGCCCGCACAGAUUAAAGUGGCUCAAUGUGGCGAUAUCCGGUGUGUAUUUUAAGUGCUGGGGAAACGUCGUAAAUAUCCAAACAUUCCCCGACAGUGUGACCGCGGACGGUUAGCACAACCCGACGAAAGUUAGCCUGCUCCGGCUAACUUAGCUUGGCUCGGCUAGCGAGGAAGGACAAAAAAAGGCAGGCUAGUGGAACAAGAGUUAGGGCUGAAAGUGGCGCUGCGGCGUAAAGUAACUAGUAAUGUUGCCUCUCGGGAUUAACUUCAGAUACGGAUGAGAAAGAAAUUGGCGACUGGGGAACACCGAGAACAACUGCGAGCCAGACGACCACUGCUAUGUUGGGGUUGAUUCACGGCUCUGGCAGCCCGCCUGAGUCCCGAGGUUGGCCACACUCGGUGCUGUGGAGGCUUGGGGGCUUCUUCUUCCUCCUGCUGCUGGAAGGGGCCGGCUGCCUCGCCAACCCGAGCAGCACUUCAGGCGUCAACAACAACAACAACAACAACAACAGCCCGAGCGUCAACAUUUACAUGAGUGUGGAGGAGGUGAAGAAGCUUUUGGGCCUAGAUGCAGAGCUCUACUAUGUGCGAGACAAUGUGGUGAAUCAUUAUGCUCUCUCCUUCACCCUGCCUGUGCCCAGUGAGACCAACAGCCUUCACUUCACAUGGCAUUCCAAGACAAAGGUUGACUACCAGCUUGAAUUCUUCAUGGAAAACCCUGUUGCCAUGAACCAACCACGGAGCAACAUCUCCAGUCAGGGGGAGGUUCCCCGUGUUCCCUCUGUCUUUAGGGUGGACCUCUUCUGUUCCGGCAAGGUAGAUGGAGAGGCUGUUUUAACAAUGCAGCUCAAUCUGACCAUCCAUGCCAACAACUACACAGUGCUCAACUUCAAGAGGAGGAAAAUGUGCUAUAAAAGAAUAGAUACUGACCCAAAGAUUCCCAUUCCCCUCAACAAUAACACUCUUCCACGGCCUGACAUAGAUGGUGUGACCACCCCCACCACCUCAACCCAAGUUUUCUAUAUAAGUGUGAGUGUCUGCUGCAUUGUCAUCUUUCUCGUGGCCAUCAUCCUGGCCAUCCUGCACCUGCACAGCAUGAAGAGAGUGGAGAUGGAGGACAGUGUGAGUGACAGCGGAAGCUCGCAGGGCCUGUCUCAGCCGUCCACCCAGACCACACAGUACCUGAGGGCUGACACUCCAAACAACGCAGCUCCUGUCACCAACAAUCACCCUGGUUCUGCACCCAUCCUCCAGCUUGCUGCCUCCUCCUUCCAAAACCCUGGCGCUCCCCCCCAUGAAACCAAAAGUUACCCAUCUCUUCGCAUAGAGAAGAAUGAUCUGAGGAGUGUUACUCUAAUGGAGGCCAAAGCUAAAGUGAAAGACAUUGCCAUCUCAAGGGAGAGAGUCACACUACGUGAUGUCCUACAUGAAGGCACGUUUGGCCGCAUUUUCCACGGCGUGCUGCUGGAUGAAAAGGACCCCAGUAAGGAAAAGCAAGUCUUUGUGAAGACGGUGAAAGAUCACGCGUCUGAGGUGCAGGUGACCAUGAUGUUGACUGAAAGUUGCAAGCUUCGUGGACUUCAUCAUAGAAAUCUGUUGCCCAUAAGCCAUGUGUGUACGGAAGACGGUGAGAAGCCCAUGGUGCUUUUGCCUUUCAUGGCUUGGGGGAAUCUCAAGCUGUUCCUGCGGCAGUGUAAGCUAGCUGAGGCUAACAACCCACAGGCGAUCUCUCAACAAGACUUGGUUUAUAUGGCCAUCCAGAUUGCAUGUGGAAUGAGCUACCUGUCUCGCAGGGAGGUCAUACACAAAGACCUCGCCGCCAGGAACUGCGUCAUUGACGACAACAUGCAGGUGAAGAUCACAGACAAUGCCCUCGCCCGAGACCUGUUUCCCAUGGAUUACCACUGUCUGGGGGAUAAUGAGAACCGACCAGUCCGCUGGAUGGCCCUGGAAAGCUUGCUCAACAACGACUUCUCCAGUGCAAGUGAUGUUUGGGCCUUCGGAGUGACUCUGUGGGAACUGAUGACUUUGGGUCAGACCCCAUAUGUGGACAUCGACCCUUUUGAGAUGUCAGCCUACCUGAAGGAUGGGUACAGAAUAGCACAACCUAUCAACUGCCCAGAUGAACUGUUUGCAGUGAUGGCUUGUUGCUGGGCCCUGGACCCAGAGGAGAGGCCCAAGUUUCAGCAGCUCGUUCAGUGCCUCACAGAGUUCCAUGCAGCAUUGGGCGCUUACGUGUGAAAACAAGCUUCUUCUUCUUCUUCUUCUUUUUUUCUCCCCAAGAAGGCAACACUAAAAGCUGGUGGACACUAUUCAUAAGGAAUACAUGUAUGAAAAUGUGCCUUAUCAGAUGAAAGAGCAGACUUAAGCCUGACGAUUUUAUUUUGUACAGUUCUUUUGGAGUUUUUAUAUAGUUGAAUUACCCUUUUACAGCAUAGCAAAGUAAAAGGAUUCUUUGUUGAAUAUUGUUUCAUAUGCUUUGAAAGCGUCUAGCGAUGGCAUUUAUGGUGCUCUGCCCUUGCCAAGAGGACAGAAACAGUGCAAGGAUGUCCUCAUCUGUACAGCACGUCAACAUUUACAGACAUUUUUGUGCCAUCGGACAAAUGUUUUUAAGGAAGAAUUGAAGCCUCUGGUUUUAAAGACAGUAUUUUCUACAGUUUUGUAACUUAGUGAAACAGUGUAAAUUGUAGAUGUGUUGUGGACUCUACAGCAGAAUGAUUUAGGUACCAAAGUAGACUUAAGGGCUUCAUUUGUAUACGUAACCAUACUCUCCAACAUGCUGCUUCACUCUGCUACAGUAAGCUCCAGCUGGGUACGAGAUCCCUCUUGGAAACCAGAUCUGUGUUUUUUGCGAAGAUUUCUGAGACCUUUACGAACGGUACACUGUUUCCUCUGGAUGACACUAAAGACUGUGCCACAGAUGAGUUUUCUUUUCUUCGUGGAUCAGACGUAUAGACACCACAGCUCAUAUAAGAUCAGCACCACAAAGCUACUUAUUUGAACUUUUAAACAACAUCCGGAGUGAAUUUUGGACACUAUUAUUAUUUGAAUGUCACCACCUUCUUCCUCUUUUGUACAUUUUAUUUCCACUAUCACAACCUCCAAACAGAAUUAUCAUUAUGUUUCUAUUUUAUAAGCUUGAUUGUUCUGUGUCAGAACACAGCCCUUCACAGGAUUCUUGGACUGAUUUUUUUUAUUUUAAUUUUUUUUUUUUUUUUUUGCGAGUAACUAGAACACUAAUAAUCACUGUGAACACACAAAACUGCCUACCAGCUUGGUCUAAUCUUAUUCCCACCUUUAACAUCUUUGUGAUGGUCACUGCAUGUUGAAUUAAGGUUGUAAACUGCUUCCCGAAUUCCUAUCCACAAAUUAAAUGGGAUCUUUUAAAUGUA